AUGGCAUCCUUAAUUGGCCGAGUUUUCACGGCGUUCGGCCCCCCGACGGUCGAGAAAAAGAGCGAUGCUCUCCGGUUCGGCAUCUUGGGCGCCGCCAAGAUCGGGCCCCUCGCCCUGGUCACACCCGCCAAGUCCCAUCCAGAUGUCAUCAUCCAAGCCAUCGCGGCGCGCGAUCAUGCACGGGCCGAAGAGUUCGCGAAGAAGCACGGCAUCCCGGACAUUCGGGGCUCGUAUCAGGAGAUCCUCGACGAUCCCAACAUCGACGCCGUUCUCAUCCCCCUCCCCAAUAGCCUUCAUUUCGAAUGGGCCGUCCGCGCCGUCCGCGCCGGCAAACAUGUCCUGCUCGAGAAACCCUCCACUUCCAACGCCAUCGAAGCGAACAUCCUCUUCAACCUGCCCGAACUAUCACAGCCCAACGCCCCCGUCCUCCUCGAAGCCUUCCACCACCGCUUCCACCCCUCCGUGCACAAAUUCCUCUCCUUCAUCAACCCCGCUGACGUCGUGCACGUCCAUACCGACUCUAUGGUGCCGUGGCUCCUGACGGCAAAGGAAAACAUCGAAUUCAACUACUCCCUCUCCGGCGGCAGCAUGAUGAACCUGGGCACGUACAACUUCGGCCUCCUGCGCAUGAUCUUCAAGGACGACCCGGUGGAAUGCGUAAGCUGCGAGACCAAUGUCUUUGGCGACGGCAGGCACGACAAAUGCGACUAUGACUUCAAGGCGCAGUUCCGGUUUCCGAACGGUGGGAUCGCGGAAGCGACGACUUCCCUGCGCGGUUCGAUUUUCUGGAAACCCUCCGAGGCCCGCGUGACAACCCGCGAGGUCGUGGUUCCGGAUGACUCCCUUCCUGGGACGCAGGAAAAGGUCCGGAGUCGACAAGUCACACUGCAUGGAUUCAUGCAUGCCUUCAUCUGGCAUCAGAUUGACGUGCAGGAUACGUUUGUGGUUCGGGAGAAGAAGAAGGACGGGUUGCCGGUGAAAAGGUGGGUGGAGAGUACGUCGCAGAAAGCGUAUACGUAUAAGGAGGCGGGCGGGCAGUUUGUGCAUCUGCCUGGGGAGGAUUGGUGGAUGUCGUAUCGGUAUCAGCUGGAGGAGUUUGUGAAUCGGGUCAGGGGCCGGCCGACGCAGUAUUGGGUGGAGGGACAGGACUCGUGCAACCAGAUGAAGAUGAUCGACCUGGCGUACGAGAAGAGUGGGUUGGGGCUGCGGUCGACGAGUGAGUUUCGAUAGUGGAAGGUAGAAC